AUGGGCGCCACUCGGCCAUGGCGCCGCGCUGCGCUGGCUGCGCUGUGCCUUGGGACGCUGCUAGCACUCCCUGCCUUCGUGACGCCCAAAGACCAGGUGGGAGCCCGAUGGCCGACCCUGGAUCCAGAGCCAUGGGAGGAAUUCAUGGCAAGGAUGGUGGGGGCACCAGAUGGACCCCGCCUUCUCAGCCAAGACGAGUAUGCCACUGGGCCCAGCUUGUGGAAUGAGGCCUUGGUUUCAGACGCACAGCAGCAGCUCCUGCGCCUCCACAAGCGGCGGUGCAAAGCGGUGACGUUGGAACAGACGGGCAACGCUGCGUCGCUCUUCGGGCAUGGGCGCUUGGAAUAUCAUCAGAAACACGGGCGCUUGAACAUUGCCAAACUUUCUGGUGUUAUCGAUUUCGAUUCAGCAACUGGGGUGGUACGAGUUGGCGCCAAGACCGAUUUCAAGCUCCUCACGCGCUUCCUGUUGCCUGAGGAGUUCAUCCCGCCAGUGGUGCCAGAGGUGGACAGCGUCACGGUGGGGGGCGCCAUCGCUGGGCUGGUGAUGGAGUCCAGCAGCUUUCGGUAUGGCUUCCUCCAUAAUGCGGUCGUUGCUAUGGAUGUGCUGCUGGCCAAUGGCACGGUGGUGAGCUGUAGCCGCACUGAGCAUCCUGAGCUCUUCGCGGCCCUGCCGCAUUCCUAUGGAACCCUGGGCUAUGUCUUAAGUGCUUCGCUCCAAGCGGUUCCCGCUGAACGAGACGUGCUGGUCACAGUUCGUGAACAUCCCAGCAUCAAAGAAGCAGUGGAUGACAUGUCUGUGGCGAUGCAGGAGCCAUCUGUGGAUUUCGUCGACGGCCUCAUCUUUGGCCAAGACCGUGGUAUGUCCAUCACCGCCUCCAUGGUGCCAUCGCCAUCGCGCCGGGCAGCAGUGGUGUUGCCGGAUGAUGGGCGCUUCGUGGAUAUCCUGCAAAAGAAGUUGGAGGAGCGGCCAGCUGGUCAAAGAGAUGUUUCUUUUGUCAUGUCAACCUUUGAUUACUUGUACCGCUGGGAUUGUGACAUUUUUUGGUCGACCAGACGAGUAGAUGUGCUUGGCAAACCGGAUGUGCGGCAGUUCUUGGGCCGUGCUUUCCUGCGGUCCAAGAUCUUGUGGCACUUCGGCAGACGCGCGCGGGAUGCGAAGGAGUUUGUCUCUCGUUUGGUAUGGCAGCUGGUUGGCGAACGAGGCGCGGACGUUGGCUUCCGACCACCGACGGAACGGAUCAUCCAGGACUUGGGUGUUCGCUUGGACCAAGUGCCCAGUUUCGCCAAGGGCCUGGAACAGCAUGGAGAGCUGCCCUUUUGGAUGUGCCCGGUACGUGUGGUGGCUGGAGAGCAACCUCUGUUCCCAUUGCCCGAUGUCGAGCACAUCAUGGAUGUCGCGUGCUUCGGAGCUGUGCCCUGUGGGGGCUUGGAAGAUCUCUAUCAUAACAAGGGCAUCGAUCGCUGGCUCGCCGAAUUUGAUGGUCAAAAGGCUUUCUACUCAGAUGUCACCUUCUCCAGGGAGUACCUGUACCAGAAGUAUGCUGGUGCCAAGUACGACCAGCUGAAGGCCCAGUUGGACCCUGAGGGUGUACUGCCUCAUCUCUUCGAUAAGGUUUUGGUCACAGAACCAGAGGAAGGCAACGAACUUACUGCCGCUCUUGGAGAGACAACGUUGGCUGCUGAGAUCAUCCACUCGGCCUUGGAACCCUAUAGCAGCCCUAAUGAGAACAGUGAUCUCAAAGCCGCGCUGAAGGACUGCUGCGCCUUUCUGGCAGUUCUUGAGGUGAAAAAGCUUGAAGCAGCACAAACGGAUGACAGCAAAGUGUUGCCACCGAGGUUUAGCCGGGUAGUGAAACGCUUGGAGCUGUCUGAGAAGGAGGUGAAAGCCUUUGAGCAUGCCUUGGUCUUGCAGUGCUUGCCGGACAAGUUCCGUGAGUUAAAAAGCUGGAUGGAAUUGGCUGCUUAUGCCAAGCUGAGCCCCAGUGAGCUGGUCCGCUUUGCGCAAAAGAGCCGUGCGCACUUCAAGCAAGGCAUUUUGACGGACGUCACUGUGGGCUUUUCCGGUGAUCCGGAUAGGCACCCAGAUGAUGAGCUCGUGGGUCAGGCCGUGUUCACCAAUGAGGCGGCGAAAGCGUUGACGGGCGCGCAGCUCUCAGUUACGGAGCGUCUGAAAGUGGACGACGGAGCACUGGCCGAAGUCUUGCGUGAGGAAGGUGGAGAUGAGGCUGAAGCGCUCAAGGAGGCUGCCAAAGAGGCAGAAGCAGAGGAGAAGAGCAGUAAAGAGAAGCGCCCCAGUCCUGAAGACGUCGUGAAUGGCACUGCCAAAAAAGCAAAGUUGGAGGAGCCAUCCGACGCCGAUGCAGCCGUGGCAGUCGCGAAGGCGGAGCCGGCGGCGGAGGCCGAGGACUUGUGUGAGGACCUGUUUGACAUCAUCAACUCUGAGCGUCGGCGGGAUGAGCAACGAGCAGAGGCCAAGGAGGAGCUGACAGAAGUGAUUGAUGAAGGGAAACUGACACCCUACAAGACUGACUUGGAAUACCUCGUUGAUGCUGUCGAGCUUGUCUCCAGGAAAGGUCGGCUUUAUCAGGUGAAACAAAAGCUGGAAGAGAAGAAGAGCUCCAUUGAUGAUGAAGACAAUGAGGAGAGCUAUCAAGACACCAACUUCGGGCUCAGCAGCUUCCUGCCGCGGCCACGCAACGAUGCUGGUCGUGAGCGCCGCCAGGCUCGAGAGCUGGAGGGCCAGGUAAAGCAGCUCAGCAGGAAGAUGGAGGAGCGGAUGCGCCUGACGAAGCAGAUUCCAAAUGCAUGGAUUCCAAGACUCGAAAGGAUCUUAUCAUCCAGGCACAUGAACGAGUUUGAGAAGGAAGUGGUGGUCCUUCUGGUGGGUCUCAUCCUGCUGCCGAACCGCUUUCAGAUCCGGGGCACCAGCAUGUACCACCACUGCCGUGGAGAGCCGGUGGAUGUGGCCACAGUGCUGGUCUUUUUGUCCCCGGACCUGGCCAGUCAGAUUGCCAACCGCAAGGCCUUCUACAAGGAUGCGGUGCUGGUGAGAGAUCAUAUCAUCCAUGUCAGCACCAAAGGCGUGCAUGGAGAUUUGGCCUCCUGUCCUGUGGAGAUUGACCGGCGGAUGGUGGACUUCAUUGUUGGCUUGGACAGUGAAAUGCAACAGCUGGUGGAUGGAAGUCAUUUGUAUCUUCCACAGACCAAGAUGGAGGCAGUGGUUCUACCAGAAGAGACCAAGAUCUUGAUCUCAAAAACUGUGCAGAGUUUGUCGUUGUUCAAGAAGAGCAAACAUCAGUUCAAGUUGGAUGAAACCAUUUCCUCCAGCGGUCUGGUGAUGCUUUUCUACGGAGACUCUGGCACGGGGAAGACCAUGACAGCCAAUGCCAUUGCAAACCUCUUGGGGAAAAAGUUGCUGCUGAUCAACUUCCCUUCCCUCGGCGGGGAGCAGGCGUGCCCCUCGCUGCUGUGA